GUAUUAAAGAUGGCCGGUGAUGGAGGCGCCCUAAAGGAUAUCAAUGAGAUUAAAUCCCAGUUCCGGACAAGAGAGGGUUUCUACAAACUGCUUACCCUCUCGGAUUCACAACAACGAGGCGGGAUAACCCGGGGUGCCUCCGCGAGUGCAAACGUGGGUCCAGGGGCCGGAACGGGAUCGCUACCCGGUGGUGGCGGCGGAGGCUCUCUUCAGGGGCCCGGGGCUCCCUCCUCUGCCACCGCCUCAGCCAACUCCUCCUCUCCGGUCGGCUUCCUGCCCCCGGUUCGGGUCUCCAUGGUGAAGCUUCAGCCGGAAGACCCCAGUGAAGAAUCAGAGCGAGUAUGUUUCAAUAUUGGCAGGGAACUUUAUUUCUACACCUAUACAAACAUCAAAAAGGCUGUAGACCUCAGUAAGCCCAUCGACAAGCGCAUCUACAAGGGCACCCAGCCCACCUGCCACGACUUCAACCAGCACUCAGCCACAGCCGACAGCGUCUCUCUCAUUGUGGGCUUCUCCGCCGGGCAGGUGCAGUACCUGGAUCCCAUCAAGAAGGAGACAAGCAAGCUCUUCAAUGAGGAGAGGUUGAUAGACAAGUCGAAGGUGACAUGCCUGAAGUGGUUGCCCAAGUCGGAGAACCUGUUCCUGGCCUCCCACGCCAGCGGGCACCUCUACCUCUACAACGUGGAGCACCCAUGCGGCACUACGCCGCCCCAGUACUCUCUGCUCCGCCAGGGCGAGGGCUUCGCGGUCUACGCCUGCAAGACCAAGACGCCCCGCAACCCGCUGCUGCGCUGGGCGGUGGGGGAGGGCGGCCUCAACGAGUUCGCCUUCUCGCCCGACGGCGUCCACGUGGCGUGCGUGGGCCAGGACGGCUGCCUGCGCGUCUUCCACUUUGACUCAAUGGAGCUGCAGGGCGUGAUGAAGAGCUACUUUGGCGGCCUGCUCUGCGUCUCCUGGAGCCCCGACGGCAAGUACCUGGCCACAGGCGGUGAGGACGACCUGGUGACGGUCUGGUCAUUCGCCGAGGGCCGCGUGGUCGCCCGGGGCCACGGUCACAAGUCCUGGGUCAACGUGGUGGCCUUCGACCCUUUCACCACGAGCCUGGAGGACGAGGAGCCCAUGGAGCUGAGCGGGAGCGAGGAGGACCUCCAGGGGGCGCUGCACUUUGGGCGGGUGCGCACCAGCAGCACCCUGUCCCGCCUGUCCCGGCACAGCUCCAAAGGCGGGGCGCCCUCCGUCACGUACAGGUUCGGCUCGGUGGGUCAGGACACCCAGUUCUGCUUGUGGGACCUGACAGAUGAUGUGCUGUAUCCUCGCCUCCCGCUCUCCCGGGCCCUGACCAACACCUUCGGGUCCAGCAUACCGCCGUCGGUCAGCAGCGGCAGCAACAACCUGGGCGGGGGUGGGGGUGUUGAGGGCCACCACCACCCCCCGAAUCCGCACCCACCCCUGCCCUUGCCUUUGCCCAGGUCCCUCUCCCGCUCCAACUCCCUGCCCCACCCAGCUGUCGCCAACGCCUCCAAGGGUCAGGGAGGCACGGACAGCGGGGGCGGGGGCAGCGGCGGCGGGGGCGUGCCCUUCAGCAUUGGCCGCUUCGCCACGCUGUCACUGCAGGAGCGCAAGUCGGACAAGUCGGGGGGCAGCGGCGGGGGCGGGGCGGACAAGGAGCACAAGCGCUACCACAGCCUGGGCAACAUCAGCAAGAGCAACGACAAGAUCAACGUGGCUGCGCCGCGCGGCAGCCGCCUGGACGCCGCCAAAGUGCUGGGCACCACGCUGUGCCCGCGCAUGACCGAGGUGCCCCUGCUGGAGCCGCUGGUCUGCAAGAAGAUCGCCCACGAGCGGCUGACCGUGCUCGUCUUCAUGGAUGACUGCAUCAUCACCGCCUGCCAGGAGGGCCUCAUCUGCACCUGGGCGCGGCCCGGGAAAGCGAACUUGACAGCACAGAAUGGGAGCUCUCCCAGCGGCACUGUGGUAUAGCUGGAGGCGGAACUCUGAGCCCUCCCCUGAAGGGGGCUGGAUUUAUGAAUGUGCUCACGAGCUUCCGAGACUGUGACCACACACCGUCGACACAGUGUUGCACCGCCCUCUCCGUCAUGCCCCCUUCCAUCGCUCCUCCCGCUCCUCGGAAAGACUGCAAAACAAGGACAGCUCCCCUUUUGCCCGGGGCGGUGGAGGAGCCCGCGGCAGCGUCUGCAAACGCUACGGAAGCCACAGCCGUUGUAUUUUACUUAUUUAUUUUAACAUAUCAGACUGUAGUAAUUUAUAUUGUACAUAUUCAGAAUACUCUAUAAAUGCAGAGGUCUAGAUGUAUGGAAAUUAUGGGUCAAAGAGGGAAAAAAAAAUUUAAUAUAUUAAGAUCCUAUAUUGUAAAUAGAGACAGUUCAACUGAAUUUCUGCGAUUAGGGAACCCAGUAAGUAGUGUCCAUGUGUGCUAGAACUGUCAUGUCCAUUAAAGCAAGUAUGUAUGAUGCGUCUGCUAAGACGUAUGUAUUCUGGAGACAGAAAAAAAGACUGACACACAGCAUAGUGUAAUCUUCUCAUAACUGCUAUACCCUUUCAGUGAGACAUUUACUUCUGUGCCGGCAUGCUUCCAGACACUACAUACAGAAAAGAACACACAGUAACACAGCACAUGGUACAAUAUUGUAUCAUUGAAUAGGCUACAGUACCUAUGCCUACAUCGCCUUUAGCAAGACUUUGCACAUUAACAGCUAGAUUCAAACUCUGAAAGAAACUGCAGGGUGAUAUAUGUGGUAAUUUGCUGUUGAUACAUUGUGAGCAUUUGGAGAAAAGCCAGCAUGUUCAGCCAAAGGCAGCAACAGCAUGGGGAAACUUCAUCUUAGCCAAUACCCCUGAUAAGCUCAAAAAAGGCCUGAUAGCGAAGAUUAGCAGUCUGGCUUUAAAGCGAUAACAAACCCAGAUAAGUGGUAUUUUAGAUAACUUUGUCUGGCAUGCACAGGCCAAAAGCAAAAGGAGCAACCCUCACAAUGACAUUCUCAAAGCAGAGGAGGCCUAAAUGAUACAGUGCAGAAAGGUAGCCAUGUGUGUGUGUGUGUGUAUACAGGAUUCAACCCAAAAGCACAUUCCACUGCCCAUAUUGUUGACUUGUUCUUUAUUGUGCACUGCAGUUCAAGAGAGCUGUGU